CUUAACAUAAGCUUUCUGAACAACUCAGAGCCGAUGUACGCCGCUAUCCUCACAUAGAUCCCUCCCGUUUCCUUAUUGGUUAUUUCUACGUUCAGGGAAUGAUUCCUUCCAUGCUUGCCUAAGCCGAAUUAAAUGGUGGAAAGUACUUACCUACCUACCUACUACGGUGUCCGAGUUUUACAAGUGAGUCACGUUCAUCUAUGGAAAUCCUCUUCGGCUCUGCGUAUGGAGCGGUUGUUUUAUGCGUUUCUAAUAUUAGUCCUAAUAACUGGGUGCAAUGUCCGCUUAUUUUCCUUCGGUCAAGGGCCGACUAAUAACAGGUCCUAGUUUUGGGCUUCAAUGGUUAGAGCACUUAUCUCCCUUGGUACAGGCCUUCCCCUGCUACCCUGCCGAUCCAUAGUAUUAUCUCAGAUGUCUUCAUACUAGUAGUCGAUAGCCUAGGAAUGCAUGGGAUAUUCAAC